CCCCGCCAGGUUUUCUUCGGACUGCUGUGCCUUUUACGACGAUGCAAACAGCAGACAUUCACCCGGGACAGCCCUUUCCAGCACAGCUACACACUGAUUUGGGGACAAGACUGGUGGUGGCGAAAAACCGAACCUUUCACCAUGAAUCCCCUGCAAGCUGCUUUCGUGGCUUUGCCAAGGGGCAGAUUGAGCCGCUUUCCCCAGGGCCUGCGAGGAAGACACACCGGCCGGCUGCCUGUGAAAAAUGCCAAGGUCACCGCCGUGCCCGGGGGAGAGGCCGAUAAAAGGGGGUUCUCACAGUCCUGGCACUCACAUCCCUGGGCCGGCCCCCACGGCUUCGCCCGCCUUCCCAGCCAGCCCGCCAGCCCAGUUGCAAGACGCACCCCUGGUCGCCUCGGCCUGGCUCCCUUCGGCCCUGCCAUGCUGCUCCUGCCGCUUCUGCUGAGCGGGCUUCUGGCCCGGGUCCCGCCGUGGGGUGGCUGUGCCCCACCGGAGGCCGACCCGGGCGACCAGCUGCCCCCCGACUCCUCGGUGAUCACCCUCAACGACAGCUGCCGGGAACAGGUCCUGUGGCAAGCGGGGUCCAGGAUGCUCCAGGUGCUCCGUCUGGACCGACCCCCCCAGAUUGAGCCGGAGGGGGCCGCCCAGGUGCGAGAGGCCUGGACCAAAGCAGCCGUGGCGUUCCCAGCCCUGUCCAGCAGAGGGCAGCAUCUCAACAUCUCCGCCAAUCAGACACUGCUGAUCCAACGAGGGAGCUGCAUCCAGAUCUCGCACCGCGUCACUCUGGAAGAUCUCGGCUGGCAGAACUGGGUGCUGCACCCCAACUCCUUCGUCUUCACCGACUGCCUGGGGCGCCACUGCCACAAAGCCGGGGAGGGCUCCCCGCCACCUCUGUGGAUGCAAGAGUGUGGACUCGGGCAGUCCAGCCAGCAACCAGAUGCGGACUCAAAGCAGGGAUGCUGCUGUCAGACCCCCCGGGCUCACCUCUCCAUCGCCUUCCUCAAAGAGGACGGCUCCUUGGUGCUAAAGGCGGUGCAGAUGGGCCGCAGCUGCCAGUGCUCGCUCUGAGGCCUGUGCUGGCCCUGACCAGCAGCGGAAGAGCCCCCACCGUGAAAAGAAUCUGCCAGAGGGGGCCUCCAGCCACCACAAGCUUCCUCCACAAGAGAUGCCCCCCCCCCCGGGCCCUCACUGGUGUUGGCUGAUGCCGAAAGCAGCAGGGUGGAAGAACUUCCCCCAGGGGUUGUGAACCGAGGGGGAGCGCCCGUUCUUCUCCAGCCCGCUGGCUGCCAAACCGCCCCUGAAUGAUCCCCACGAAGGCACGUCUACACUGCACAUCUAAAUCAGUUUGAAACGGAGCGGUCCUGGUUUUGAAAAGAAAAAUAUAUUAUUAUUAUUCCUUCCAAAAAUGGCUCAGGGCGGUGUACGCAGAGAAAUAACAAAUAAAUAAGAUGGCUCCCUCUCCCCAAAGGGCUCACAAUCUAAAAAGAAACAUAAGACAGACACCAGCAACAGCCACUGGAGGGAUGUUGUGCUGGGGGCGGAGAGGGCCAGUGACUCUCCCCCUGCUAAAGAAAAGAGAAUCACCACAUUAAAAGGUGCCUCUUUGCCAAGUUAAAAAAUGCUGGAAAGUGUCGUCUUGAAAGGGAGACAGGCAUUCUGGGUUGAAAACCUCAAGCCCCAGAGUGGGCAAAUCGGCCCCCUGGCUGUUGCUGAGCGACAACUCUCACCAGCCCCAGCCGCAAUGGUGUCCGGGGAUGAUGGAAGUUGUAGUCCAACAGGAGCUGGUGGGCAAAGCUUACCUACCCCUGGAAGCCACUUGAACUAUGAGCGAGAAACGUUGCUUACUCACCAUGGUCUGUGUUGACCCUGCUGCAAUUAACAGGCACAGAGCAGGCAGCUUUUAUCCCCUUGGUCAGUUGGCAACACUAUAUAUGAAUCAUGGUUUUUUUUACCGAAGCCCCCAGUGACAGUCAAACAUAUAUGAAACUAGUUUAAAUCUGCAGUGGAGACGUAGCCAAGAUGUGAGGUUCCUCCGUUUCCUCUCUUUCUGGUGGCCU